AUGGUUAAAAAUAUACCUCAAGAGCUUGAGUCAUCUAGAAAUCUCGAAAUUCCAAUUGAGCCUCCUCAAGAGCUCAGCUACCAUUCUCAAGAACUACUUGGAGUUCAUUCUUCACCUGAAAGUGUGCUCCCCGGAAGGGAAUACACCCAAGGCAGAAAAAAAUCUCCAAUUAAAUUUGAAAACACUGCUGUUGGAUGCUUGAUCCAAUAUCUCAGAAAAAACGGCCCAAGCUCAAUAGAAGAUAUUGUCCGGCACUUUACAGCAGUGGAGCAUAAUUUGGUGACAACCAGAGGGGGGAAAUUUGUUAAGGAUGCCUUUGGAAUUGCCGAUUAUGCGAUAUCUUGGAACCCAAAGCUUUUCUUGCUGGAUAGGCACUCCAAUUAUUGUAUUAAUGUAACCUAAAAUUAGGAAGCAAAAGCUGCAGAGGCUGAAGAAAGUUUCAAAAACAGGGAUGCCAGAAGGAUUCAACAAACAAAAGAAUCGGAAGAAAGAAAUAAUAAAAGAUUAGAAAGGCAAAGGAAAAGAAGGGAGAGCUGGAAAAAGAUAAGAAAAAUCAUUUUAAAUGAUUUAAGAGGGGAUAUGGAAAAUCCUACAUGCUUUACUAACUCCUCCAGUAAUUUAUGAGCGAGUGGAUUGUUUUAAACCAAAUUUUCAAAUACUAUUUAAAUAUAUUUUUUUUCCUUGCUAGGCAUUUACCUCAAAUUUGUAUUAUUAAAUUUUUUAUCUGAAAAUCUCUAUUACUAUUUUGAAAAUUUUAUGAAAAAAUCCCUCGAAUAAGAAAAAUUUGCUUAUUAUAUGUUAACAUAAUUUUGGGGGUGGGGGAAUAAGGUGUUUCUCAUUUUGACAUCAGGUAAUAAAGAAGUGGCGAGCAUGAUGACUAAAGAAAUCAGGGAAGCUUAUGCAAGUAUGAUAAGAAAUAACCCGAAUUCUUCCUAA